AUGGGGCUCUACACUAAGCUCGCCAAAGAGAUCGAUGAGGUCGACGUCAUCAUUGCUGGAGGCGGCACGGCGGCAUGUGUCGUUGCUGGACGACUAGCUGAAGCUGACCCUGGCCUGUCAAUUCUGCUCAUUGAACAGGGUCAGGAUAAUCGUGGCGUUCAGAACAUUGAGAAUCCCGUCUUCUUUCUGGAUCACCUGCUGCCCACUGCCACCACAACCCUGUUUUACAAGGGCAACAAGGCAGAACAAUUAGCAGGCCGCGAAGCAAUUGUUCCCAGCGGUGGAACUCUUGGCGGAGGUUCGUCCAUCAACUUUAUGAUGUAUACUCGCGCCCAGGGAGUAGACUUUGAUUCUUGGAAAACGCCUGGAUGGUCCGCCGAUGAGAUGCUCCCCUUUCUGAAGAAGCUUGAAACAUACCAUGGCCGUGGUAACCCUGAAGAUCACGGCUCGAAUGGGCCAGUCCAAGUCUCGGACGGCACGUUCCGUUCCAAGGGUUCUGAAAGCGACUUCAUUAAAGCUGCAACCGAGGUCGGCUGGCCUGAGAUCACAGAUCUCCAGAACUUGAAGGCUAACAACGGUGUGGAGCGCUGGCUGCGGUACGUUUCCAAGGACGGCAGACGGCAAGACACUGCCACCGCGUAUGUCCAUGACAAGAUUGACAACAGCAAAUAUCCCAAUUUCCAUGUUCUCACCGAGUCCAAAGUUGUUCGCAUCCUGCUUGACGAAAACAAGCGAGCUGUUGGUGUCGAGUACACCCCCAACUCUGCUUUCCAGCCCGUAACUGGCCCUACUCAGCAUCCCAAAUUAACGGUCAAGGCCCGAAAGCUAGUCGUGGUCUCAUGUGGUGCCUUAGGUACACCGCCAGUGCUGGAGAGAUCUGGUCUUGGUGACCCCAAAGUUCUCCAAAAGGCUGGUGUUGAUGUCAAGGUCGACUUGCCCGGCGUAGGCCAUGAAUAUCAGGAUCACCAGCUUAUCCUGUAUCCUUACAAGACGUCACUUGGUCCCAACGAGACUAUUGACAGGGUUCUUAGAAACCCUCAUAAACGCCAAGAGAUGAUCGACUCAAAGGAUCCAAUCCUGGGUUGGAACUCCAUCGACAUUUCCUCCAAGCUUCGACCUACAGAAGCUGAGGUUGCUGCUCUUGGCCCCGAGUUCACGAAUGCGUGGGAUAGGGAUUUCAAGAACGCUCCCACGCGACCUCUGAUGCUAAUGGGUCUUGUUUCUUGCUUCCUAGGUGACCCUUCGACAGUACCAGAGGAGCAGUAUGUGACCGUCGGUAACUAUACUGCUUACCCGUACUCUCGAGGACAUAUGCACAUCACAGGUCCCGAAGUCAACGACGAGCUGGACUUUGACGUGGGAUACCUCAACGACAAAGACGACAUCGACUUGAAGAAGCAGUUGUGGGCUUACAAGAAGUCCCGUGAGAUCAUGCGCCGGACCGCAAUGUACCGAGGCGAGCUCGCGGCCGGUCACCCAGCAUGGCCUGAAGGCUCCAAGGCUGCGUCGGCGGACAUUACCGAAGCCCUGGCCAACGUCAAGGAUGUCGAGUACUCUGCCGAGGAUGACAAGGCAAUUGAACUAUGGAUCCGACAAAAUGUGGGAACUACAUGGCACUCGAUUGCUACCUGCAAGAUGGCUCCUCGUGAGGAGAACGGCGUGGUGGAUGAGCGUCUGAAUGUCUGGGGCACCAAGGGAUUGAAGCUGGCGGACUUGAGUAUUCCCCCGCAGAAUGUUGGCGCAAACACGAACAACACGGCCAUUGUCGUCGGUGAGAAGGCUGCGGAUAUCAUCAUCAAGGAUCUUGGCCUCGGGAAAUAA